GUAAUAUAUUAUUAUAUAGGUACGUAUCUUCGUUUACCGAGAGGACAAGGUUACUUUGUGCAAUUGUGCAUACGAUUGCUAGUGAGGAGGUAGGUUGUUGUGGUUGAAUACGACGUGUUGACGUUUUUUGGUUUGUGCACAGAUUAAUCCUCUCAGCAAGCAGAACAAAUUUAUGAUAAGUUAAGCGCAGUAUUUCGGCAGAACUUGAACACCUAAAAACUGUGGUUGAUUUUUUUAUUGAUGGAAAUAUGCGUCGAUACGUUUAUUUAAUUUAUCAAAGAGGAAAAAUAUGGCAACAAAGAUCCGUCGAAAUGAGAAAUUAGCCAGUUCACGUCUACAACAAUCGAACUUUCCGAAGUUAACCCCGUCCAAGAGACCUGCAAAGAAGAAAAAUUGCAUGCGCAUAAGUCCGUGUGAUCGUAUGAUGACGAAAUAUUGGCAAAACGAUUAUGUCGACACUCAAUCAAAAGCACGAUGUCAUCUAAAAUGUUUAGAAGUGAUCGCAGGAUCACAUCUUGAAGAGCCACUGUCGUCGCUGACCUCUAACCCGACCAAUAAUCCAUCUGCAGACGAUACUAGGUGUAGGAAAACAUCGUCGAACGGGAGCACUGCAACACGUCUUGUAAACAGGUUCACAUGGUUAAAGACGGAUACUGGUUUCAGAAUGAAAUGCAAUUUUGGCCCUAUAGACGAAUGUCAAGGAAUCAUAGCAUCGGUUGUCGUUAAAAAAACCGGAGUGACUGAGUACUGGUUUUACAGACGAGGAUUCCUUUCCACCAUUCAUUACAAAGAGACGUGAACAAUAAAUUAAAAAAUCAAAAAAUCACACCAUUAUUUGUAUAGGUCGUAUUAUAUUUUUACAUAUGGUUUAUCUUUUAUG